GAGACUGGCCAAGCUUCUACUCCGAUUGAUGAGGAUUCAGUAAAUGAAAAAGUGAACAGGAUCAUCACGGUAAUGGAGGAGAAUCUGAAGAGCAUGAAGGAUCGAAUGUCAUUACUGGAAGAAGAAAAAUACAUCUUAGAGCUCGUGUGUCAGAGUUGGAAGGAAACAACAAUGUUUUUCCCACUAACGUGACACAAAAGGUAAAUUCUCAAAACAUCUUCUUUUACAUUUGCAUUUUCAAGUAUUUUUUGGAAGAUCUUGUACAUAUUCUUGAAUGCCUUCCUAAUAUUUGACAAACAGCGAUCCAGUGGGACACCUUUAUCUCCAAUGUCUCACACGCAACCAUCGAGUGAGACACCUUUAUCUCCAAUGUCUCAACAGCCUAAUUUGACACAUGAGGUAUGUAACCAAUAAAUAUUGUUGAGUUUUGAAGUAAUAUUUGGAAAGCUUUUGUACUUCUUGAAUGCAUUCCUGAUUUUUGCAGGAGACAAUGAUUGAAUCAGCUGCAUCUCCAAAGUCUCAACAAAAUGAGGUAUAUGCUCAAAAAUUUUUAAGAAAAUAUUUGGAAAUUCUUGUACAAAAUCCUGAAUGCCUUCCUGAUUUUUGCAGGAUUACACGCAACAUCGAGUGAGACGCCUUUAUCUCCAAUGUCUCAACAGCCUAAUUUGACACAUGAGGUAUGUAACCAAUAAAAUAUUGUUGAGUUUUGAAGUAAUAUUUGGAAGCUUUUGUACAUAUUCUAGAAUGCAUUCUUGAUUUUUGCAGGAGACAAUGAAUGAAUCAGAUGAUGAAACUCCUGCCCUUGAUACUCAAGUAUUCUCUCCUAAUCUGACAAAAGAGAAAGAAACAGAAACGUCUACCGAUGAGAGGCCAUCCAAUCCUAAUCAAGAUGGAAAACCAGAUGAUGAGAUUGUGAGAGAGAAAUUAACAAGUGAGUCACCUGCUAGUCAGAGUCAAGUUUUGCAGAAAGAAACAGUGGAAAUGAAUGAGACACCUUCUUCUCCAAUAGCUCCAAAGAGUAUUGAAACUCCCGUUUAUACUCCAAGUCAGACUCAGCAGAUUGAGAGAGAGCCAUCGGAUGACACGCCUGCCCUUGAUACUCAAGUUUUUACUCCUAAUCUGACAAAAGAGAGGGAAACACAAACCUCUACUGAUGAAACGCCACCCAAAACUAAUCAAGAAGAAGGAAAACCAGAUGAUGAGAUUGUGAUUGAGUCACCUGCUGCUCAGACUCAAGUUUUGCAAAAAGAAACACUGGAAAUGAAUGAGACACCUUCUUCUCCAAUAUCUCCAAAGAGUAUUGAGGCUCAAGUUUUUACUCCAAUUCAGAAACAGCAGACGGUAACAGAGGAAACGUAUGAGGCUACACAGCCAUUGACUGAGAUCAUUUCAGCAAACAAUAAAAAGGAGGAUACACAUGCUGUGCAUCACACACCUUCCUCUCCAUUGUCUUCACUAAUUGCACUAGUUAUUGAAGAAAAUAAGAAUGCUUUGAGUGAGACAGAAACUGCGACCCAAUAUUUUUCUACAAGUGAAGGAGCAUACACAAUCAAGCAGAAAGAAUCAAGCAGAAGAAUAUCUCAAGGAUACUACAGAACCUACUACUGAGCUAGUUUCCACAGAUGUUUCGAAGACACAGCCUCUUACUCCGCAAACACAGCACCUUCAGACAAGUGAGGGAGAUCAAUCCGAUGAGACACCAUCAGAGCAGAAUCAAGCAGAAGAAAAUCUCAAGGAUACUACAGAACCUACUACUGAGCUAGUUUCCACAUAUGUUUCGAAGAUGCCGCCUAUUACUCUGCAAACAGAGCAUCUUCAGACAAGUGCUAUAGAUUUUUCAGAAACAAACGAGGUAUGCAUCGAGUAUAUUUGAUCUUUAAUUAUUAUUCUAACAAUUUAAAACCGCUGAUGUUACUGAAUCUUCAUUUUUAAUAGGUUGAAGUAAGCAGGCUUCUAGCUCACUUUCAAAUAGGCGCAGAGGUUGAGAUUUUGUCUACUGAUGACGAAAUAUGGUAUCCAGGAAAGGUUGUUGAUCUUAAACUGUGUGAAGGACUAGAGGAGCUGACAGUUGAGUACACGACACUCUUCACAGACCAACAUAGACUUCAGAAACUUCAGGAUACUAUCACGGCUGACAAAAUACGUCCUGCAACACCAACUAGUGACCAAAAAUCCUUUGAGAUGAUGGAUAAGGUAGAAGCCUUUACAACAA